UUCUGCGGACCGAUUGCUGGCAUGCCGCAGCCCGGUACUGGUCCACGGACCGGGGGUUGGGGACCCCUGCUUUAGAGUAACAAACUAUAGAGUUACCAUGUCUUCAGUGUGUUCCUGCCUUCUCUCAAAGUGCUGAAUGAUUAUGUUCCACAAUUUCAUGUACUUUUUGAACAGCGUAUAGGAAAACAGAACAUUGUGGGCUUCCAUAGCCAACAACUGAGGUGUCAAACAGGAUAAGUUCAUAUUCUGAGUGAGUUCCAAUAAGAAGAACCAAUAACACUGCCAAAUAUUUAUUGCUCCUAAAGCCUAAUCUCACGAAGGCAAUGUUCUAGUACAGUGUUUUUCGAUCUUAACAAUUUUAACAUCUGUAGACUUCAAUUCCCAGAACAUGUGGACUUCAACUCCUAAAAUUGCAAAGAUCGAGAAACACUGCUCUAGGCACAGAUUCUGAAAGCUGUUGAGAUCCAGGAAUAUAAGAAUAUCAGGUCUUAUAAUCAAUGCCUUAUAAUGCUCAGAAUUCCCUUUGUAUCUUUUAUCAUUCACAGAAUUUUCAUUUUUCUAAAACUAGACUGACAUUUUCACAUCCACUUUGAUACGAUGUUUUUUUUUUUUUUUAAUUUAGUCAUUAAGAUGAGAACCAACAGAAUUGCACCACCAAACACUGGACAGCGAAAAGAAGGAAAAUUGGUACUGUAUUGUAGCUGAAUCUUUGCAUUGUAGCUACCUCUUUGUCAACGGGUUUAAAAAAAUGACAUGCUUAUUACAUCGUAAAGUAUGAGCAGAAUACACAAUACAUGCAAAAACAUUAUAAAACGUACGUAAAAGCAACUGCAAAGAGAUAGGCUCUGUAAAAAGAUGGGGAAGCACCCACGCUGCUUGAACAAUUGAAAAGCUCUGAAUCUUUUCUUGCCAAAAUUUUUUUUAAAAAUGGACCGCGACAACCGAGCUCCAGUCUCAUCCAGCAGAAAGGCGCUUUCAGAUGCAAAAUAAAAUGCAAGGAGUAAGCGAGUCGCCUUAAUAGCGGAGUCCACUAGGCAUUUUCUCCCUGAAAACGACUGCUGCCCUGACCUCACGAGUUACCCUUCUUCAGAGCGCUAACCGCGGCAGACGCUUCUCUUCCUUCUCGUAAACAAGCGCGGUCGUCCGUCUCCAACUCCUCCUUCUCCCCCCUUCUCUCCCGGGAAGCCCAAGCCGCCUGGCUUCGCGCCUGCGCUUCAUCUUCGAGCCCACCAGGGUCCCUGGGCGUGUGAACGCGGACAGGUGGCCUACUGCUGGGUUUACCCGAUCCUCUUCCUUCUCCCUCUCUGCUAACACAGCCCCCGCACCGGAAAGCCAUCUAGCUCCUUAGAGGCGAGCUGACGACAGCGGAAGCCUAAUCCCACUGUUUGGGCUGGGCUGGAGCUAGCUGUCUCUCCGCCCUGAGGGUUGCACCCAAGAGGUGGGUCAGUCUCUGGACAGCUGGGCGCCGGGGCCACACCGCAGCAGGCUGCGCUCGGCGUUUUCUGCGCCGGAGGGGACCCCGCAGCUGUCCGCCGACUUGCCGGGAGAGGCCACCGGGCGCCUGAAGAGUGCGGGCAGGUGCGGGGAGAGAGCGUCACGCGGCGGCGACCAUGUCUGCGCGCUGCUGCGCCGGCCAGUUGGCCUGUUGCUGUGGUACUGCUGCAUGUUCCCUCUGCUGCCGUUGUUGCCCAAAGAUAAAACAAUCAACCAGCACCCGCUUUAUGUAUGCCUUGUACUUCAUCUUGGUGGCUCUCAUCUGUUGCAUCAUGAUGUCAGAAACUGUAGCAAAACAAAUGAAAGAACAUAUUUAUUUUUAUGAAACAAUAUGUCAACAUAUUCAAGCAGGUGACUCCUGUGAGAAGCUGGUGGGCUACUCUGCAGUUUAUCGAGUAUGUUUUGGAAUGGCGUGUUUCUUUUUUAUCAUCUUUUUGCUCACAAUUAAAAUCAACAAUAGCAAAAGCUGUCGUGCCUACAUCCACAAUGGAUUUUGGUUUAUUAAACUUCUCAUCUUGGCAGCAAUGUGCUCAGGAGCCUUUUUCAUUCCAGAUCAGGAUACCUUUCUUAAAGCAUGGCGUUAUGUUGGUGCUACAGGAGGCUUCCUCUUCAUCAUCAUUCAGCUUAUCCUCCUUGUAGAAUUUGCACACAAAUGGAAUAAAAACUGGACAUCUGGCACAAAGCACAAUCAACUUUGGUAUGGCUCCUUAGCUCUUGUGACUCUCAUAUUGUAUUCCGUUGCUGUUGGAGCUCUAAUUGUGAUGGCUGUCUUUUAUACCCGUGCUGAUGGCUGUACAUUUAACAAGAUCCUGCUUGGCAUCAAUGGCGGCUUGUGCUUGCUUGUUUCAAUGGUAGCCAUUUCACCUUGUGUCCAAUACCGUCAGCCUCAUUCUGGCUUGUUGCAGUCAGGCAUUAUCAGCUGCUAUGUCAUGUACCUCACCUUCUCAUCUCUGUCAAGCAAACCUCCAGAAAUCAUCCUAGAUGAGAAUCAAAAUAAUAUAACAAUCUGUGUGCCUGACUUUGGCCAAGGGCUGCAAACAGAUGAAAACUUGGUGACCGGGCUGGGAACUACUAUUUUGUUCUGUUGCAUUUUAUAUUCCUGUUUGACCUCAACAACACGAGCAAGCUCCGAAGCACUCAGAGGGAUAUAUGCAACACCUGAAACAGAAGUAGCUCGCUGUUGCUUCUGCUGUACUCCUGAUGGAGACGCUGAGGUUGAAGAGCAUAUUGGGACAGAAAGCGGUCAGAGAGUAAUUUAUGACGAAAAGAAAGGAACUGUAUACAGCUAUGCUUAUUUCCACUUUGUAUUCUUCCUGGCGUCUCUUUAUGUGAUGAUGACUGUUACCCAUUGGUUCCAUUAUGAAAAUGCUGCAAUUGAAAAAUUCUUCGUUGGAACCUGGUCCAUUUUCUGGAUUAAAAUGGCUUCUUGUUGGGUGUGUAUCCUUCUCUACCUGUGGACUCUUCUAGCACCUUUCUGCUGCCCAACCAGAGGAUUUUAUGUUUGAAACUGCUUCUGCUACAGCUCCAUUUGUUUAAUAAAUCAUAAAAUUAUCUGUAUAAUCAUUUUCCUGACAUUGAUGGUUAGGAUAAUGCUUCUCUCAUGGAACACUUACAUUUUGAGACAGAUUUUUUAAAUAUUUUUUUUCACUAUCUGAAUUUAAAGAACACUCAAGAAACUCACCUAGUUCAAUGUGGCAAGGCAGUUGGAUUUUGAAUAUAUGUGCAUAUGUGUUUGGUGUUCCAUAAUAAGUAAUACACCUGAACCCUUUUAUUUAGAUAGAUGAAAAAGAGUUUAACACUUCACUGGAUGAGAUGUCAUAUUCAGUGGAAGAGUAUGAGGCCAAGAAAGUUUUUAUUCUGCAAUAGAUCUCAUAGUAAAUUAUUACAAAUCUGGAUUGUGAAUGAGAAAGAAUUGUGGGUAUAAAAAUAUUUAUAUUAAUGAAAAGCACCUUUUAUGAAUCAUUGGGUGACAUAACAUGGAACCUGAAAAUUUGACUGGGAUGUGCAACACUGUAAAUGUUGGUGCAAUUAAUUAACUAUUAUGAGCCACUGUGGGACUAGAUGCAUCUAUCAAACUAUUCGGUUAGGAAUAGUAGACAAUAAAAUAAGAAUUCUGUCUUAUCAAAGUAUUUUUAAUAUAAUUUUUAUUAAAUUGUCUUUAUCUUUCUUGUAUCUCUUCAGUUUCAUCCUUAAAUAUAUUUUGAUGCACUCAUAUUUAAAUUCAAUAGUAGAUAAAUUAGGGAAAAACCAAUUUAAUUCAAAGUAAUUUUAAUAGCACAGUUUGAACUACUUCUUCAGUGGUAAUAAACAUUUUUUAUUUCCUAUUUCUUAUUUGGCAUAAGAUCUCUUUCCCAUGCCUGUCAAAUUUCAUUUGGAGAAUCCAGUCCAAACAUGCUUCUUUAUUAGGAAGUAAGAACCAUGAAAUACACCAGAACUAGAUUCAGAUUAAACAUAUUUAGGAUUACACUGCAAUCAUAAAUUUAAGAAUUAGCUUGCUAGGAAACGGGCAUUACUGCUUUCUUUUUAUUUAUCUGUGGAAGCUCAAUUGCCAUGUGCUGGAAAAAUUACACUAGAAUUAGUAGAAUGAUGCUGUCAUGCUUUGGUUUCUGAGAAUUAUAUUACAACAGCUGCUUCCAUGUAAUAUUUCUGAUAAAUGGAAACCAACCACCUCUUGAUGAUACAGAAGUGCCUGUUUUCAAAGCUAAGCAGAUUGAUAAAGCUGCAAUAUUUUAAUUUCAGAAAUUAAUAAUUUGCUUUACUAUUUUUAUUUACUGCAGUUUCAUCUUGGGAUAGUUCUUCAUAUGCAAUUCUUUUUUAACUUUUUUUUAAACUUUUGAUACAGUGUUGACCUUUUGUAAAUAUCCAGGGAUUUUAUUCAGAAUUAUACCUAAAACAUUACAGUUUUUACUUGCAUAAAAUGUAAGGCUAUAUUGGGGGAAGUUAAUGGUUGAAACUUUGAGAUGAAUCCAUAGUACAAGUCAAGCAACUUGUGUUUUUAAAGUAUUUUGUUGGAGUUUUCAAGAAUAACUUCAUAUUCAAAAAGUAUUAUAGUUGUAAUUCCUUGAACAAUAAACUUGAGUUUGUUAAAAAUUUCAA